AUGAUCCCGCUGGAGAAGCCGGGAGCCGGUGACUCUUCCUCAGCCGCCGCCUCGGACCCGGCGGUCCGGGGUCCCAGCGCGAUGCGCCGGCCGCCGCCCCAAGCUCGUGGGCUGCUGACGGAGAUCCGCACCGCCGUGUGUGCCGAGCCCUUCCAGGACGCCUACAGCCUGAGCCCGGGCCGGGAGCUUGGCAGGGGAAAAUUUGCUGUGGUGAGAAAAUGUAUAAAGAAAGAUUCUGGAAAAGAAUACGCAGCAAAGUUCAUGAGAAAAAGAAGAAAAGGUCAAGAUUGUCGGAUGGAAAUAAUCCAUGAGAUUGCGGUUCUUGAACUGGCUCAGGACAAUCCUUGGGUCAUUAAUCUGCAUGAAGUCUAUGAGACACCAUCAGAAAUGAUCUUAGUUCUGGAAUAUGCUGCUGGAGGUGAAAUUUUUGACCAGUGUGUUGCAGACAGGGAUGAAGCCUUUAAAGAAAAAGAUGUGCAAAGACUUAUGAGGCAAAUUUUAGAAGGAGUUCGCUUUUUACAUACUCAUGAUGUGGUUCAUCUUGACUUGAAGCCUCAGAAUAUUUUGUUGACAAGUGAAUCGCCCUUGGGUGACAUUAAGAUAGUUGAUUUUGGCCUUUCAAGAAUAAUGAAGAGCAAUGAAGAGCUCAGAGAAAUUAUGGGAACUCCUGAGUAUGUGGCUCCUGAAAUUCUUAGUUAUGAUCCUAUCAGCAUGGCAACUGAUAUGUGGAGUAUUGGCGUGCUAACAUAUGUCAUGCUUACGGGCAUAUCACCCUUCUUAGGUGAUAACAAGCAAGAGACAUUCUUGAACAUCUCACAGAUGAAUUUAAGUUAUUCUGAGGAAGAGUUUGAUGUUGUAUCAGAGUCAGCUGUUGACUUCAUCAAAGCACUGUUAGUUAAAAAACCUGAAGACCGCGCCACAGCUGAAGAAUGUCUAAAACAUCCAUGGUUGACACUGAGCAGUCUUCAGAGUCCUCCUCUCAAGAUGAAAGCUGCAUUAGAAGAAGCAAAUGCCCUCCAAGAAGGUGAUUCUGUACCAGAAAUUAUUUCAGCUACUGAGAAAGCGGAAGCUGAGGAAGUACUUCUAACGGAAGAGUUCAUUGUGGUUACUUCAUAUACAUUAGGACAAUGCAGACAGUCUGAAAAAGAGAAAACAGAGCAAAAGGCCAUUUCCAAACGAUUUAAAUUUGAAGAACCUUUGCUACAAGAAAUUCCAGGAGAAUUGAUCUACUGAGCAGUAUUUUCCUUUAGACCUCGAAUUGAGAACAUUAAUAAUAUUCAUGGGCCUCUGGCCAAAUGAUACGUGUACUGAAUGUGGGUAGCCAGGUCUCACUGGUAUGAAGGAAAAGAACUUUGCCAAACUGGUGGAGUUUUGGGUCAAUCCAGAUUCAUUAAGUUGCCAACCACAGCAGGUUUGAGAGGUAAAGUUCUCUGUUUCAGUGUUGUUCCUGAGAAGUUUACCGUUUGCACCUCGUAGUUAUACAUCUGUGUCUCCAGAUUUAGAAUUGGUAGGCAAAGUUAUUUGUAUUUGCUGUCUUUUAAAAUCCAGUAAAAGUGCCAAAAUUACA